AUGGCUUUGCAAAGUGAUCGAUCCACACCAGGGAAAGAGCCUGCAUGGAGGAAUGAAUGUGGAAUCGUUGGCAACACCUGGAGGAAAUAUGUUGAUAGAAAAAAUAUAGUUCUGCAGUUCCUUGUAAACAAUUUAAGCACAGAUAUCUUAAAACAGUAUGAAACAAGACUGGAACUUUUGAAAAAAUGUUCUUAUUACAUAGAUGUAUUGCCUAAACACUUCGCACUAGGAGAUCAGAAGUUAUUUCAGCCCAAUGUUCUCUAUCAGUUGAUUGAUCCAUGCAAAUUCCUGCGGAUGAAGAAUGUAGGAUCUACUCAGGUCAAAAUCCAGCUUUUCCUGCAAAGAGAGUAUCUCGAUGAGCUGAAGAAUGGACAUGAAGAGUUGAAAGUCAUUGCUAAAAUAUCAGAUGUGACAUUAUUUCUUUUACACUGGAACACUACUUGUUCUAAACUUGGACAGCUCUUAAGUACAUUAAAGAAUUUAAUAUCAGUUCUUGUACCUGGGAAACUUUAUGUGAAGCAUCAAUUAAUGAGUGAUGCAAAGUCAAACAAAAUACCACAGCUUAGGGUGGUCCUGAGAACCAAGAUGCCAGUAGAGUUUGAUCGAAAAGAAUCAAUGGCUUAUCACAACUCAGUUAAGUUGAAGUGGCUGGUCCCAGGGGAAGAGGUGCAUCAUGACCAAUACGAGCUUGUCUAUAAACUUCUGGAGCCUCGUUAUUGCAUUGAAAGGAAUCAACUUGGAGUGAUUCCUGUGGAAUCAGACAGUAUUGAGAUUGGAAAUUUGCAGCCUGCCAGUUUGUAUGAAUUUACAAUUAGACGUGCAGAUAAUUACACACUUGUUUACUCAGCAUGGUGUGACAUCAUGAUUCUGAAAACAAAAGUGUCAAAUCACCUGCUUUAUGUAAACAACAACACAUCUCACUUCACAUAG